GCGGUGGAGCUGGGCUGGACCCGGCGGGCUCAGAGCGGCGGACCCGGCGGUACCGGAGAGGCUGGGCCGGGGUGCCGGUACCGGCCUGGCUGUCCUGGCCCUGCCCGCAGCAGCCCCGCUCGGCUCUGCCAUGCUGGCCGCGGUAUGGCCCCUGUGGAGCAGGACGCGCUGGCCAUGCGGGAGCAGAUCUUCCACGAGCGGGUCCGCGAGUGCAUCAUCUGUGCCCUGCUCUUCGCCAGCCUCUACAUCCUCUGCCACUUCAUCAUAACCCACUUUAAGAAGCACACAGAUUUCACAGCAGUUCACGAUGACGAGGAUGCUGCUGUCAACAGGAUUGCGCUGGGGCUCUGUACCUUCACCCUGGCUGUGGCACUGGGUGCCGUUCUCCUCCUGCCCUUCUCCAUCAUCAGCAACGAGGUGCUGCUCUCCUUCCCCCAGAACUACUACAUCCAGUGGCUGAACGGGUCCCUCAUUCAUGGCCUCUGGAAUUUGGUCUUCCUCUUCUCCAAUAUGUCCCUGGUCUUCCUCAUGCCCUUUGCCUACUUCUUCACCGAGUCAGAGGGGUUUGCAGGGUCCAAGAAGGGCAUCAUGGCCAGGGUGUACGAGACGUCGGUGGUGCUGCUGCUGCUGACACUGCUGGUGCUGGGCAUGGUCUGGGUGGCCUCUGCCAUCGUGGGCAACGAUGCUGCCAGUCGCCAGUCACUCUAUGAUCUCUGGGAAUAUUAUCUGCCCUACCUCUACUCCUGCAUCUCGCUUUUCGGCGUCCUGCUUCUGCUGUUGUGCACCCCCUUUGGCCUCUCCACCAUGUUCACUGUCACUGGGAAGCUGCUGGUGAAACCCCGGCUCCUGGAAGACCUGGAUGAGCAGCUGAGCUGCACAAGGUUUGAAGAAGCCGCUGUGUCCCACAGGAUCCACUCUGGCAAUGCUUCCUGCUGGCUGAAUCUGGACAUGGAGAUGCUGCGGGAGCAAUUCUUUGCCAUCCGGAGCAAGAGGCGGAAGCUGGAGCUGCGGCACCGAGCAUCGCCCUGGCAGAGGAACCUGGGCUACCCCCUGGCCAUGCUGGGCCUCCUGGCACUGACAGGCAUUUCUGUGCUCAUUGUCUGCUUCCAUGUCCUGGAGCUGCUGCUGGAUGAUGCUGCAAUGCCACGGGGCAUCCAGGACGCGUCCCUGGGCCAGGUUUCCUUCUCCAUCUUCGGUUCCUUUGGAGCUGCACUGCAGGUUGUCCUCAUUUUCUACCUAAUGGUCUCCUCUGUUGUGGGCUUCUACAGCUCCCCCCUGUUCACUCGCCUGCUGCCGGAGCGGCAGGACACCCCCCUCACCAAGGUGGGAGCAGCAGGACGGGGCUGGGGGGCUCCUGUGGGGGUGCAAGACCCCGUUCCCCCCAGCAGGUCCCUGUGCACUGCUUGUGCUGUCCCCACGUGGGAGGACAGUGCCUCGCUGCAGGGCAGGACCCCCCAGUGCUUCCCUGGCAUUUGGAAAGCCCCUUCCCCAGCCUGGGGGGGUUCCCUGCAGCAGCACUGCCCCCCAAACCUCCUCCUUCUCCCCAGAUCAUCGGGAACUGUGUCUCCUUGCUGGUGCUCAGCUCAGCGCUGCCCGUCUUCUCCAGGACGCUGGGGAUCACCCGUUUUGACCUCCUGGGGGAUUUUGGCCGCUUCAACUGGUUGGGGAAUUUCUACAUCGUCUUCCUCUACAACAUGGGCUUUGCUGGGCUCACCACGCUGUGCCUGGUGAAAAGGGUCUCCUGGGCCGUGCAGGCCGAGCUCAUCCGUGCCUUUGGUCUGCACAAGCUGCCGCUGCCCGUGACGCGCUACCAGAGCCGCAGCAAGCCCUGCUAGGGCUGGGGGACAGGCACGUGUCCUCCCCACUGUGGUGGCCCCCAGGGUGGCUGCCAGCCACAGAGCUGGUCCUGACAGCUCCUGAUGCCUCAGGAACAUCAGAGCUCCUCAGGGAAAGCCGAGACACCUUUGGGGGUGUCCCCCCCUGCUCUGUCUCAGCGUUGUGCUACUGAGCCUUGGCUUUGAGCCACACCCCCGUCACAAACCCCCAAGGGGUGCGGGGUCCCCCCGAGGCUGUGCUGGCUGCAGCCCCCACCCCCUGUUUACAUACCUCGUGCAAGGAUGGCCAGACCCCCCUGACCCCCCCCGGCUGCUCCCUGGGGUCUGGUUGAGUUUUAAAUGUCACCCCAUUGUCCUGACACUAUGGGAGGGGGUCCCGUGCUCCCUUGCCCAGAGUCACUCCACACUCCACCCCUGUGUUACUCUGGGGCUGCAGGGGGGCACUGGUUGUCCCCUGCCCACCCCGAGGCCUUUGGGGUCCCUAAUAGGGGAGCCUGGGGUGCAGGAGGCAAGCCCCCCCUCUCCGGCAGCUUGAUGUGAUGAGUAUGUCAGGUCUCUGUUACCAUGGAACUUCUUUGGAGAAAUAAAUAGUGACUGUUUUUUAUAUAAAAGUA